CCUUCUCCACCAAACCCACCAAAAAUUUCGCAGACGAAGAAAUCGUGAGGGUUUCUGUGAUUCGCUUUUUUUUGGGGUUUUUUUUCUUUUUAGGGUUUUAAAUCUGAGAGUUUGCGUUAUGGGUGAGAGGGUGACUGGCAAGGUUAAGUGGUUCAAUGACACUAAGGGGUUUGGGUUUAUUACUCCGGAUGACGGCGGCGACGAUCUCUUCGUGCACCAGUCGUCCAUCCGCUCCGAGGGCUUUCGUAGCCUUGGGGAGGGUGAGGAGGUCGAGUUUGUGAUCGAGUCUGGAGACGACGGGCGCACCAAGGCUGUGGAUGUCACUGGCCCCAACGGCAACCCGGUUCGUGGUACCUCGAGAUCUGGUCCUCGCGGUGGUGGCGGAGGUGGUUACGGGGGUGGCAACGGUGGUGGGUAUGGAGGCGGCAGCGGUUAUGGAGGUGGCGGGGGUUAUGGAGGUGGUGGAGGGAGAAGAGGAGGGUAUGGCGGUGGGGGUGGCUACGGAGGUGGAAGUGGUGCAUGUUUUAAGUGUGGUGAGCCUGGUCACAUGGCAAGGGACUGCUCACAGGGCGGCGGUGGAGGUGGAAGAUAUGGCAGCAGCGGUGGCGGAGGUGGUGGCGGCGGUGGCGGCGGCUGCUACAGCUGUGGUGAAUCUGGGCAUUUUGCAAGGGAGUGUCCCAAUCCCAGCAAUUCUCGUUGAGCUAUUUGGCCCCUUUCCUAUCAUCAAUCUGUUAUUGCCUGUUUUCUACUUUAUCCAGUCUGGGUGGGUGGGAUUUUAUGUUCUUGAUUUUAAUUAUCAUUAGUUGUCCUUUGCUGUUGUGGUCUGUUUGCUUUUGUGUCAUUUCAGGGUCUUUCAGGGUGGGGUAGUUCUUAGGAGUAGACUUGCGGUGGUGAGUAGUUUAGAAUUGAUUAUGAUACUAAUCUUGUUGAAACUCUCACUGUUACAAGUAUUGAUAGACAUUAUAUAAAUACAAGUUGAGUUUUCUU